CCAACUUCCUGUCAACUUUUUUCAAUCAGAUCCAUUAAAGAACAAAGCAGAUGGAAAGAAGAAAAACUAUAUCAAAUUGAUAUUCUGUGGUUUUAUUUUUAACCUCAAUAAAAUUGUAAACAGUUCUAUCCACACUCCACAGAUAACAGAGUAGAAGUUAUAUCAAACAAUUUGUAAAUAAGUAAUUCGUAAUAUAAUUUGAUAUUCUAAGAAAGUAUAUAUGUGAAUUGUGAAUUUAAUCUGAUAUUCAAUAGAAAGUAUAUAUGUGAAUGGUGACGAAAUGGUUAGACACAAGAAUAGAUAUUUCAUAAUCAAAAUUAAAGCAACAGAUGUCCCUAAGGAUGCUCCAUUGAAUUUACAUCCAGCUAAUUUGUAUGGUGCGAUUACUGGUGCAAUUCAACACCUACAUGGUGAUUUCGGUGUGGCCUGUAGUAGAUCUGGCUUUAUUGUGAAAUAUUGUAAUGCUUUGACGAGAAUUGGAAUAGUUAGAUGUAGACAUGGUCCUCAUAAACUUGUCGGUAGUGCAAUGAAUUUUGUAGGAAAUAUAGGUCCAUAUAAAGCCCACAUUGUCACACUGUACAUUGGGGCUACUCUUAGACACUGUUUUCAGUUCAUAAAAAAAUAUCAAGAGCAAAAGUUGGAAAAGUAUUGUGCUAACUUGAAAACAGAGGAAGAAAAGGCUGCAUUAAAGAAAAUGUUGUUGAAUAUGGACUCUGUUGAAUCUAUGCAAUAAAGAAUUCAAUUUAACCUGGUACCCUCGGCACCACAGUCAACCUCCCAGUCGACCAUACUACCUAGGUAGUCUAAAGAAUUCUAUUGAAAAUUUGAAAGAUAAGGUAAAGAAUUUGCUUGCAAGUACACAGUUAUAUAAUUUUCUCAUGAAACUGCAUACAUUUUUCAAAAAUUAUAUGUACUUCUAAAAAGGGACUCUUGUUGAUCUCAGAGCGUUCUACUAACAGAAAUAGUAUUAUAAUAAUAUUAUUAUAUAUAUGUUAAUGCAAUAUUUCUGUAUAUGUUGAAGAUUUCACUAUGAAAGCAAAAAUCAAUUCAUGUUUGAAAGUUUUCUAUGGUAGUAGUUAAAAUAACUGAAGUAAUAAAGGUGCUUGAAAAAGUAACUGCGAAAAAAAUACGGGUGUGGAAAUAACUAAAUGUUAUUAUGCUUAUCACUAAUGACCAGAGAACAAAAAUUGUUUUGUAGCAAAAUCACAAUUUUAUGAAAAUUGAUGUUGAUUGUGAUUCAAUUCAAUAUUCUGUCAGAUUAAUUAAACCCAUAAAAUUCUCAUAAUUCGUUUUCAAUAAAAAAAACAUAAUUUCAUGAAUAUAGGCAUGCAUGCAGAUUUUUUUCUUGGUGAGAAAAGAUAACUGUCAACUAAUCAGAUGAAGAACUUGAAUUGAAGAAUUAGCUUUAUGAUUUCACACAGAAUUGAAGAAUACCACAAAAAAUUUUUAUAUUAAUAUGUAUAUUAUUUAUAUAAUUAUAUAUAACG